GGGAACUCCAAAUGGGUAAAAGUAUCUAUAGGACCUAAAUCUUUUUUUCACCAAAAUACUAACUUUAGUGAAAGCCAUGUGACUGACUCGAUUUUGAAAAAUUUGGUCUAAUACUUUGAUACGACAACUGGAAAAUCUAUUUCUUAGCCAAGGCUGAUGGCUGACCCCCCCUUAGCCAAGGGGUUCUCUUCUCGGGUGGCCUGGGCUACAACUGUGUGCUCUGUGGGCAGCCUGUGACCUCUGGUGGUGUGCUGGGGUCCCCCACUGGUGUAGGCUAGGAAGUGGGGUGUUUCACCCCUUGAGGCUCUUAGGGAUAAAUGUAGGUUCAGCUGGCUUGAACCUAUUUAUUAAACGUUUCUUCAGCACCUCCUAAUUAGCCUGUAGGACCUGUGGCCGCUGGGGCAUCACCCUGGUGGACGGGGGUUGGCUCAUCCGGUCUACAGGCCCGGGAGAUUUCCCGUCCGCAGGCAGAAGGUUCUCAUCUGGCUCUGCUGUCCAAGCUUCCCACUUAUCUCCAGGAAAUGUAAAUACUCCCAGGAAGCGGGCCAGAGCUGCCCACACUGGAGUGUUGUCUGCAGGGUCAGUGCAGGGCCGUUCCCAGCUGCUGGGGGUGGAGUGGGUGCUGCUCCGGCUGCAAUGUCCAACAUCCUUUCUGCCAGAAAGUGGUUCUCGAUACAGUCCCCUGGAUGCUGGCCAGGUACCACUUCUGUCGCAGCAGGGAGUUCUUGGUGUUUACAAAGCCCUUCACGUAAACAUAACUUUUAAUCAUUGUAUUACCUCGCCCCCUUCCUAAGCUCCACGUUUUGGGGUUUUCGGUGGGCAUACUUUGAUCGUUUAUCCACCUCCUCCCACCCACUCCCCCUUCCUAGCUCCUUAUUCCCUCAUCUAGUAAGCCUCCCUUGUGCUUGUCUUGUUGGAUUCUGUGUUUUAGGGAGAACAUGGGACAGUUUUCUUUCUGAGUCUGCCUGUUUCGCUCAACCUGAUGUUCUCCAGGUGCCUCCGUUUUUCUGCCAGUGACAGUGCUUUUUCAUGGCCAAGUAGUACACCACAUUUCUCACCAUCUGACAGGCACCUAAGCUGGCCCGACUCUUGGCCCUUCUGUGGUCUGGCAUGUUCUCUUCCUAACUCAUCUGGGACAAGGCCUGGAAUUCCAAGGAGCAGGAUGGGGCCUCACGUGGUGCUAUGGACAAGCAUAUGUGUCUGGUGCAGUGAUUGUGGGUGAGUCGAGCUCACACCUCUGGGCAGAGCGACACCCAUGGCAACCACCUCUGCCCACCAGGCUCCGCCUCCCAGCUGCACACCCACCUCUAAACCCAUCAGCUCACUGAUAGGCCUCACACCAUGAUCCAGCUGACUCCCUCCCUGGGCCACCUACGCAAUAAACAGCCCCACCCGAGCCCCUGAGGUUGAGGGCAUUUAGGUACCAGUGGUAACUCCAGCGAACCUCAAAAAAUGAAAACAGGAAGUAGCCUUCAGGGUUGGUCUUCACUGCACAGAAUCCACUGAGAGCCAAGUUGAUUCAGUGCAUGCAGGUUUCAUAGAUUAUGUAACCACUCACCUGUUGGAGGACCUCGGAGCUGCUUCCUGCUUUGGGCUGCUACAAAUAGUUGCUGUAAGCGUCUGUGGACAGGUCUAUGUGUGAAGAUGAUGUCUUGCUAAGUUGUCCAGGCUGGACUUCAGCUUUCCACCCUCCUGCUUCAGCCUCCCAGAGUGCUGGGAUCACAGAAGUCCAUGCACCCGCGCCAGCAAUGAAGAGUGACCUGGCCCUCGCAGGAGCGCUGCUCGGCCUGGCCCUCCUGUCACUGCCACCGCCCGCACGCCCCCAACUGGCCGCAGAAGACGCCUGCUCCGUGCAGAUCCUGGUGCCCGGCCUCAAAGGGGACUUGGGAGAGAAGGGGGACAAAGGCGCCCCAGGACGGCCUGGAAGAGUCGGUCCUACGGGAGAGAAAGGAGACCCGGGGGACAAAGGACAGAAAGGUGUUGUAGGUCGCCAUGGGAAAAUUGGUCCAAUUGGUGCUAAAGGUGACAAAGGUGAGAUGGGUGACGUAGGACCCCCCGGCCCCAACGGAGAACCAGGCCUCCCGUGCGAGUGCAGCCAGCUCAGGAAGGCCAUCGGUGAGAUGGACAACCAGGUCACCCAGCUGACCACUGAGUUAAAGUUCAUCAAAAACGCCCUGCCCUCCCCCGCAGCUGUCGCCGGCGUGCGCGAGACGGACAGCAAGAUCUACCUGCUGGUAAAGGAGGAGAAGCGCUACGCUGACGCGCAGCUGGCGUGCCAGGGCCGCGGGGGCACGCUGGGCAUGCCCAAGGACGAGGCGGCCAACGGGCUGAUGGCCGCCUACCUGGUGCAGGCCGGCCUGGCCCGCGUCUUCAUCGGCAUCAACGACCUAGAGCGCGAGGGCGCCUUCGUGUACUCCGACCGCUCCCCCAUGCAGACCUUCAGCAAGUGGCGCAGUGGGGAGCCCAACAACGCCUACGACGAGGAGGACUGCGUGGAGAUGGUGGCCUCUGGGGGCUGGAACGACGUGGCCUGCCACAUCACCAUGUACUUUAUGUGCGAGUUCGACAAGGAGAGCAUGUGAGCCGGGCUGGCUGCCUCGGGGCACCCCAGCCCCUGCCUGAACCCUGAAAUUCGGGGCGCCUAAGAGGGCUCAAACCAGCAUGACUGGGUGCUGUUUCUGAGUGAAGCCUUAUUACCUGCACUGCAGCAGGUGUCACCGUGGCGAUACCGCUCACCUCUGCUCUCCCACACGCCCGUCCGCCCCAACCGUGAAAUAGCGCCUUUCCGCCACCUUUCCGCGAGGGUGUGAGCGGUGGCCGUGGGGUCAGCCAGCACAGCCCGCCUCUUACUUCCCAUAUGGAAGACAGCCACCUGUAUACGGAGAGGCCCGUGCACCUAUAAAUUACCCCAGAAUGUAGCCUCCUGUUCACUAGUGUGCAAGUAGAACCGACCUUGCUUUGCUUCAAACCCAGGUUUCAAGAAUACAAAAAUAAAUUCUCUAAACUUUA